CGAGCGGAGCAGCAGCCUCUCUCCCUCUCUCCAGCUCCAGCUUUAUGUCUGUGAGGGCUUCCCAGCGCUCAGUGGGGAUAUUUCAUCGAUGCUCUCCACCUAAUGUGACAAUUUCAUACAACUGCUAGAAAGACCGGCUGAAGCAAUGGGAGCUUUUGCAGUGUUAGUGGGGAUAUUACAGUACGCGGGACUUUACAUUCAACUUAACGCAGCUCUGAACGUCGGGCACGGCGAGGUGGACAAUCACAUCUCUGGGAAUGCUCUUUUCACAGAGGUGCCACACGACAUCACGACGCAGAGCGGUGAGGAUGUAGAGAUGGCUUGUUCCUUCCGUGGGGCGGGCUCGCCCUCCUAUUCCCUGGAGAUCCAGUGGUGGUACAUCAAGGACCACAGAAACUGGCAAAAGAAGUCAGCCCAGAUCACCAAUUAUGUUGUACCCCUGGAGGAGACGUCCAAAGAUGCCACCAAAAUUAGCGUGGUAAAAGUGGCCGGCAGCAACAUCUCCCACAAGCUCCGUCUCUCCAGCGUCAAGCCAUCAGACGAAGGCACAUAUGAGUGCCGUGUCAUCGACUUCAGUGGCACCGUGGCGCAGCACCACCGGGUUUCUGCCUACCUCCAUGUGGAGCCAGAGAGGAGUCGGGGGCUGGAUAACGUCCGGCUGCAGGAGCCAGGUAACCGGCCGCAGAGGCACCACCCGCACCCCCACCACGAGACAGAGGGCAGGGAACUGAAGAGGAGAUCAGCUGGCAGCAACACUGACUGUAAUGAGAGCUGUGUGCUUUAGACCGGGCGGCCUGUCUGCCUGUCUUAUCUGUCUGUCUGCAUGGUCAUGACUUAUCUCUGACGAGGGACGGUCAUCAACACACAUGUCACCACAGAGCCGAGGUGUCGAUCUUAAAUGGACCCUUUGUGUUUCAUGGAUUCAUUUGUCUUUGUCUUUAAUAUUGUUAUUUGGAUGCCAAUGCUGUUGAAUGCCAAUAAAGGAGUAUGAUUUUAUUGAAAGUAUAUAUGAUUAUGUUCUUUUCAUUGCUUUGUUUUUUUUGUCUCUGUGCUUUUUCUUAUUGCAUCAAUUUUAUGUUAAUGUGCAGCAAAUCUAUAAUAGCAAAGAGGCGCUUUUAUUUUGUUAUUUUGUUUGAGGAGGACUCCCUCAGUGGCUGAACACCUGGAACGUUUCCUCACAAAGUUACAGUAAAACACAGUAGAGUCAGAAUUAUUAUGGCUUACCUAAAUAAUAAAUAGAGCAAAGUUGGGUGUUCACUGAAGCAGACGCAGAACACACCCAGUGCCACUUCUCCUGUCUUUUAUUAAAAUAUGCCAAGCUGCAGUAUUUCAAUGUAAAUGCUUUUCAAGGAAUAAAGAAUAAAUUAAGCUUUUUUUUUUGAUUUUGAUUUUUUUGAUUUGAUUUUGAUUUAUCUCAAAUCUGUAGUCUUUGUUUAAACUUUUUCACAGAAACCUAUUUGUGUUUAGCUUUCUAAACCACAACUAGAAUGUUUGUUAAAACACAGAUGUAUGCCUUCAUCACACCAAGAUAAUAUAUAUAGAUUCUCGUGUAUAUUCCCACCUGGCACUGUAGACUUUUACUGUUGUCGCUAAAAUGAAGUUUACUCUGUGCUACUUAACCAAAUGACUCAAGAAACACAACUAUGGUAUGUUAAUCACUCCAAAUUUUUGUCAUCAUUUUCUCAACCACAAUAUACAUUUUUCGUCUUAAGCUUUUACAUGUUUAUUAUCUCCUCUUGAUUGUGUUUGUUCUAAGUGCUGCUGUUUGGUAUUUGUUCUGUUAAAUACAUUCAUUUGAAAUGAAUAUGGUGUUUUUUUUUCCCAUGAUUCUGCUUUUGUCUUCUAUAAUAUAUUAAAUUAAAGGUGUUCAAGCUGA